GCGCUGCAGUAUUUUAAUGUUUGAUUCUGCUCAAUCAACGUCGUCGGAGCUAUGACAUUUUGAAAACUACGUUUUCGAAUUUUCAUAUUAUUUCGUUAAUCCUGGACUGAAUCUGUGAUCAAGAUGAGUCAUUCGGCUGCAAAUAUGUACCAAACCACUAGUUAUGUAGAAGACUACUUGGAUUGCAUCGAGUCGCUUCCAAAUGAUCUGCAAAGGAGCGUGUCUCAAAUCCGUGAGAUCGACAAUACGUAUCAGAGUGUUUUGAGAGAAAUCAAGCAGCUCUAUGAGACACUGGUGACCAAGGAUCUGGACAAUCACAACAAACGGCGAACCCUCAUCCACCUCCAUCGAUGUCUCAUCCAGAGUCAGGAGCUUGGAGACGAGAAGCUCCAGUUUGCAUCUCAGAUAUCGGAGAUCGUUGAGAACCGCCUCCGCCAGAUGAACAUGAAUCGCACCCAUCUCGAGAUCAUGGAGAAGCCUGAGCAUCCUCCUGACCCCCCUCCAAAGACGAAGAAGGCUGCCCCAGUGGUCAUAGAGCAGGAAGCGCCUGCGGAGAAAGCAAGCAAGCGUUUGAGACGGGGCCGCAACAGUGAUGUCAAGGAGAAAGACAACCACAGGGUGCCGCAGCAGAACGACAACAACCCCAAGGCCAAGAAGAAGAAGCGUAAUAAGACUAAGGAGAGGGACAUCUUGCCCAUCGAUCCUCCCAUCGACCCCAACGAACCCACGUACUGUCUUUGCCAGCAAGUCUCUUAUGGAGAUAUGGUUGGAUGUGACAAUAAAGACUGUCCGUAUGAAUGGUUUCAUUUUGGAUGCGUUGGACUCUCAUCAAAACCCAAAGGCAAGUGGUACUGUCCAAAAUGCUUGCCGGAAGUCAAGAAAAAAUGAUCGCCACAGACUAAAUUUUUAGAGCCUAUUUUACUUUUCAAGCAUUUUAUUUAAUAUGUUAGCAUCUCGCACAACAUGCUACAUGUAGAUAUUUGUAUAAAUAUUGUAUAUAAACUGCAUCGAGAGAUGAACAAUGUACUCGAGGCAAUUAUUAUUUUGUAUUUGUAAUGACUUAUAAAAGCCAUGAAUCAUGCCCAGAAAACUCCUCAUUCCUAGAGGUAAAUGGAUGUCCUAGCCUACUUGGGUGAUUGCAGUACAUGUAUGUACAAAAUACACAAUUUGAAAAAAUGAUUUUACUGAGCGUGGGAAGGGGGGGGGUACUCUUCAGUCUUCACUACUGCGAAACUCAAGCUGCGAUACUCCACAUUAAAAAGAAACGGCUUGAUUGCAAACCUUUUUUUAUUCAGUUAAUACCAGGAGUCCUGUUAUUCUCCUUCCUCUCAGGUGCAAUACACCGUGUGAACGCCCUACUUCUUGAUGAAUAGUGUAUUGAAGCUUAGUUUCUAUGUACAAUGGCUUGCUGAUUUGAUCAAUGAUAUCAUCAGUCAUGCAAAGUGAAAUCAUAAAGCUGAACAUUCUCUGUAAACAAGGAAAUUCAUCUUUCAUUAUAUACAUGUACUCUGUCUUUGGUUAUGCAAUACUGUGGUUUGUUGUAUAGACUUGGAUGGGCGUCCAUCAAAGUUGGAAAUUUCCUGGAAAAUUUACAUGUAAGCAUUUCUUGCCCAAGUGGGAAUUCCUGGGAAAAACUUAGAAAUGGCAGGGAAAUAUGGAUGUACAUGUACAGGGAGGUACUGUGCUUGAGAAACACAUGGACAAUUCCUGAAAAUAUUCAGGAAGUAAGUAUCUUAGUAUUUCCCUGCCCUUAUAACUAUAUUUAUUUCCCAUUUUUCUAUUAAAAAAAAAAUGAUUGAGGCAGUUACCUGUAUUUCCCAUUCCGGCGAGCUCUGGGGAGCGUUUCAUCAAUAUUUUCAUCCGACAAGUUGUCAGAUCUGACAUCUAUCCAUGAUUUUGAUUGGCUGAGAGGCACUGUUCCUAUGGUGAAUGUCGGAUAAAAUGGGACUUGUCGGAUAAAACGUCCGACAAGUCCUUUCAUGAAACGCCCCCCUGGUGUCCAUGAAUAAAAUUUGGGCUCAAGAGCACAACAUAGAAAAAGUUAAAAUUAUGCAAUUUCAGUAUUGUCCAUAUAUAUUACUAAUUGCUUUCUUUAACAAGGCAAUGCUUCAUAGCAGGUUAUUCUUUCAGGACAAUGAAUUAUGUGAAGGCUAUUUGAUCGGCUCUUAUCCUUUCAAUCAGUUGGCAGCAUUUCUAAUUUCUAUUUCUCUUUAUUGCUACAUUUUCUUGAAAAAAAUUAUAGAGAUUGAUCUGGAGAAAAUCCUGACAAGAUAAUGUCAGGAUUUUAGUAAUUUAUUGUAAUUCUAUUUGUUUUAUUAUGUUGCCAUUGAAAACAAGAUAUUUAUACAUUGAAUUGAACAUGGUAUUCGAAUUGAUACUAGAAUACAGGCCAAAUUCAAAAUAAGAGUCUGCUGUUAAAAGGUCACAGCUCAUGUAUUAAAAUUGGUUUCAAGACAAUAGUUUUAAGAUGUUGGGCAUGAUUUUUAUUUCUGAUGUGUAAUAAUAAUAGCUACUCCCAUAGCGCUUUACAGCGUAUUAUUACCCCGGUCAUCGGAUCCUUGCAUGCCGCAUACAAUGUAUGCACCUUCUCCACUCUCUGGGGAGCAUUCCAACAAGAAUUCCAAGAAUCGAUUGCUAGGCAUACUGAUACUACGUAGGCUUUCGCAUCCUACAGGGUACCUUUAGCACCUGGGUCAAGAGUGGCAAUGUGCGGAUUAACGCCUUGCCAAAGGACUCUAGACCGCAGUGGGAUUCGAACACGCCACCCUCUGUUUUCAAGGCGAGAGUCAGAACCACUACAUGUACACCACGGCUCUUUCAUGAUGUGUACUGUAGUUAGAUGCUAUUUACAAUGUAAUGCAGGAAGGGUCUUUUAAAAUCUCCAUUCCAGAACAAAGAAUUGCAAAAUUAUUGUGAAGCAGGGACACCCUACAUGUCAUCCUGUCGGGUCAUCAAGUUUCUAGUUCUCAAAGUCCCCAUUCCCAUUUACUUCAUGAAACAAGUUUAGUGGCAACCGGUUUAACUGGUAAUGGGAACGCUCAAAGUGGUCUUGGAAGCGACUUUGGGUGAAAUAAAAAAAAAUUGCUCUAAUUAACUAAAUAAGGCCCCCAAAAUGUAAUGUUUUGGUUCACAGACUCUUUAUAGGAUUCUGAUCAAAUGUGCUUAAAAAAAAAAAAUAUCACAAUUAUUUUCUUAGUUAUUUUGUUGUUUUCUUAAUUUCUUAUGUAUUUCCUUGGAUUUAAACUUUUUCUUUUUAAUGUUUUUUUUUUUAUUGUUGGAAAUCUUCAGGGACUUUAUUCUGACAAUAGAUUGAUAAAAAGAAAAUAAAGAAAUUAAUUGAGUUUGAUCAAUUAUAGCAGAAAUGAUGGCACGGUUAUGAAUUUGGGCUAAAAAUACUAUUUGCAUUUGAUUUCCACAACAAAUAUACAUUUUUGAGCUAUUUUGGGUCUGCAUUCACUUACGAAAUGUUGCGUAAUUUCAGAACUGUACCCAGAGGUCGCAAAUUUGUUCUAAAAAAUUACGCAGCGAUUUAUUUUGAAAAUCGCUGAAUCGGCCUCCCCCAGUCUUAUUUAUGGUUAAAGCUCAUAUGAUGAUGUUGAUAUGGAGUAUGUCAAUAAAGUAUACUUUUAAUGUAAACAA